GGGGAGCCGAGAUGAGCGUAGGUGUUUGAUUCAGCUGGAUCCCUCCUGUUUGUGUGUUUGUUUGAAGGUGUUUUAUAUCUGGAAGACAGGAGCUGCUGUGAGGAAUUUUAGUUUCAGAUUUGUCAUCUGAGGAGGCGUGCAGGAUGGACUUGAUCACCUACUUUUGGCUCCUCACCACGACUCUGAUGUUGAUCCAUCAGCAUCAAGCCUCGUCUUUCUCUGUCACGAGCCCAGCAGCAGAAGAGGGCCCAGCGGCGGAGGAGGGUCCAGUGGCGGAGGAGGGCCCCCUGGUGCAGCUCCACCGGCGAGAGAAGCGCUGCUCCUGCGAGAACCAGAAAGACAAAGAGUGUAUUUUUUUCUGCCACAUUGGUAUCGUGUGGGUCAACACGCCCGGCCACUUGGUUCCUUAUGGAUUCGGUUCUGUCCGGCUGAGGAGGGAGCUCAGACGCUGCCUUUGCACACACACACAGGACACCGAGUGUGUGAGCUUCUGCUCCGAGCAAACAGAACAAGAAAACGCGGCGGCAGGGAGGACGACGGACAGACCCCCGAGGAGACACAGAGCUGCAUUCUGGGAAAAAAGGAGCAGACACGUGCUCAAACAUCAGACCUGAAACCGCCUUCAGCGUCGCACAUAACACAGCCGUUUGUACAGGAGACGACUCUCAGCUCCACACCAACAGCUCUUUGGGCUCAGAGUACUGAAGUUUAACCCUUUGACCUCCGAGCAAACCGGCUUGAUUUCUUUCACAAACAUGGAGGGAAGGCAAUGAAGAAUGAAAGAAGAGAUGAGUAGCAGAAAAUUAGUAAAAAAUUACAAGAAUAUUACCUGAAAAGGAAUUUUUAAAAAUCAUUUAAAAAAGACAAGGCAAACAAGACAAGGAAAAUGUGCUUAAGACAUUAUUAUACUUCUGUAAUAAAAUUUUAACCCUUUAGGGCCCACUGUAAUAUCACACACACUCAUAUCGC